AUGUUGGAAGAGUGUAGUUUGUGUGAUAUGGAUUUGUGUGGAUAUCCCUAUAUGUGGGGGAAAGGAAGGGGUACUAGUGCUUGGAUUGAAGUCCGAAUUGAUCGAGUGUUAGUCUCUCAGAGUUGGCUUGAUUUUUUUCCACUUGCUAAGCUCAUUAAUUUAGAGGUUUCAACAUCACAUCAUUGCCCGAUACAACUGGUUCUUGAUGUAGAUAAGAGAACUGUGUCUCAAAAGCAGUUUCGGUUCGAAAAUCUCUGGCAUCGUGAGCCUGCUUGUUUACAGCUUGUAAAGGACACCUGGGAACUUUUUUUGGGCUUUUCUGUUAUAGAGAAAAUCAUUUAUUGUGGGGAGAAGUUGCUGGUGUCGGGGAAAGACUACUUAGGGAAUUUUAGAGAGCAAAUUCAAGCCUGUAAAACUGAGAUGCGUAGGUGGAAAGAAGGCAGGGAUGCUGUAUCUGUUGAAUAG